GCUAACUGCGCGGAAGUCCCUAGGGCUGAGUGUCAAGAUGGCGGCGAGGGUUGCCAGCGCCGCAUGUGGUGAGGAGGACGCCUUUCGCCGGCUCUUUCGCUUCUACCGGCGGUGGGAGGGCCCCGACGCGGCGGGGGUGAUUGACUUCUCGAGGCCGGCCUCGCAGCAGGUGGUAAGCAGUCAUCUGAAUAUUUCCUCAGUUAGUGAACAGGAUGCUUGCAGAGCAGGACUGCGCCCAGUCAGUCAAUGGAAAGCCUAUGGUUUGGAUAGUUAUCCAGGUUUUAUAUUUAUCCCAGAUCCAUUCCUUCCGGGCUGCCAGCGUCACUGGGUAAGGCAGUGUUUGAAGCAGUACACUCAGAAACCCAAUGUAUGCAAUUUGGAUAUGCACAUGUCUUCUCAGGAAACUACUGAUUUGUGGGAAAAGAGUCGGCAUCAGCUGCAAAACAAAAGUUCCAGCAAACGGCAACCAAAAAGUUUACUCGAGAAGCUCCGUUGGGUGACUUUGGGUUAUCAUUAUAACUGGAAUACAAAGAAAUAUUCAGCUGAUCAUUACACUCCCUUUCCAUCUGACCUGGCUUUUAUCUCAGAACAAGUGGCUAAAGCUUGUGGUUUUCCAGGCUUCCAGGCAGAAGCUGGGAUCCUGAACUACUAUCAUUUUGACUCAUCUCUAGGAAUUCAUGUCGAUGAAUCUGAGCUGGACCAAUCUCAGCCCCUCUUAUCAUUCAGUUUUGGACAGUCAUCUAUAUUUCUGUUGGGAGGCCAGAAACGAGAUCAAGCCCCUGCGGCCAUGUUCAUGCAUAGUGGGGAUGUGAUGAUCAUGUCUGGCUUCAGCCGUCUGCUGUACCAUGCUGUUCCCAGGGUUCUGCCCAACUUGGAGGGGAAACCAUUGCCUUCCUGCAUGGAGCAGCCUCUGCCUUCUGACCUUCCUGCAGAUUCUGUUCUCCAGCCCUGCUCUGCAGAGGACUGGGAAGUGUGUGCCAAAUAUCUGGAAACAUCCCGUAUUAAUAUGACUAUUAGGCAAGUGCUUGCUGUUGGUCAUACAUUUCCAGCUGAAAAUAGGACAGAAGGAGAACUACAUACUUUUUCUGUAGGAUCUUAUCAUGAAGAACAUAGUGAAAUCAAAAGGCACAAGUGUGACACUGAAAGCUGAGAUCUACACAUCAUGUCUUCCUUCCCUCAGCAUUAUUCUUUCAACUCUGACAAUUUCAUGAGCUGUAUAGAGAACCAGCAAGUAACAGAAGGGAUAGGUGAUAAACCAAAUUGAUCACUAACUCUAACGCUAACUCUAACAAGCAAUAUGAAAGUUGACUGAAGUACUGGCUCAGGCAAUGAUGUUCUUUGUUGUUUUUGGUCUUUACAAGGUCAUACAGCAAACCUGGGUUACUCUGCUAUUUUAUUUAAUACUAAUACAGAAUACCUCCCCUGGCCUUCAUCUUUAAGGUAUCAAAAAAGAGGCACUAGCAAAAAGUACAGAUGUUAAAAUGCAAAUUUUGUAAUAAAAAUGUGGUUGGAAAACA